AAUAUGGAAGAUAUUGCUGAAACUGAGACUCAAUUAUCUAAAGAAGAGUGAGCUAUUAUUAAUACAGCUGUAAAAAAUGUAAGGACUGAGUUAGAUCAGACACCUCCCUGGAUGAUGACAACAAAUAAAUUGAUCAUAUCAAAUAGCUGUGAAAGCAGAAUGAUCUUAUCAAAUUUUGUUCAUUUUAAUAAGCAUACAUUUCCUCCUGAGAGUGAAAUAGAAAUACAUCUUAAAGGAAAAGAUAACAAGAUGAGAAAAUUUCUUGAGAAGUUUAAAUGUGAAAAGGUUUCUAAACUGUACAUCCUUUCUGAUUUCAUAGAUGGGAAGACUAGAUUUGGACUUUUUAUUCAUUGCAUUACUCAGUUUCUACCAAAUGUUUUAGAAUCUAUAUCAUUGUUAAGACUAAAGCUUACAAAUAAAUCAGUUUAUUGUUUGUUCUCUUCAACUCAUAAUUGUAAAUAAAAUGAUAUUUGGAUUAUGAGAAUUUGACGAAGCUGGGUUAAAAUUUAAUGAGGAAAUUCAAUCUCAAACGUCGAAUAUCACCCUUCUAUCAUGAAGAGCAAUUAAUAAAGAUGGAAUACAGAGACCAGAAAGUAUCAGAAUUUUCAUCAGCUCAUUACUGGAAGCAAUUGAAAAUAGCUACCUAAUAAAUUCAAUCAGGAAGAUCACUCUAUCAAAAUGAGGACUGACACCUAACUUUGUCCACCAACAACAAAUUGAGCAUGAUUUAACUCGGGUAACUUUCCAUGUUGAUAACUAAAUUCUACCAAAUUUCCAACA